CUUUUUUUUUUUUUUUUCCUCUUUGCCCUAAUUUCGUAAACUCAGCUUCUUUCUAUUUUCUCGUAAAUCUAUUUUCAUAUUCGGAGAUAGAGUCAGUAAUGAUACCAAAAAGGUGCCAUGAAAUUAACGGUUCACGUCCGCCGUCGUUAGGAGUCGGGAAAUUAUCACGUGCCAUCGGAAAAACGGCGUCGUCUCAGGCGGUGAAGCCGGUGAUCAUCUACGCGCACUCGCCGAAGGUGAUUCACACGCGCGCUGAGGACUUCAUGGCUCUGGUUCAGCGACUCACCGGACGAGUCUCUCGUAUUCAACAACCCGAUAUCAGACGGAACCCUAACGACGUCAGCGAGUCUUCUUCGGUGGUGACGGAGGAAGUUAACGGCGGCGGUGAGGAAAAUAACACGACGUCGUUUAGUCCCGAGGAUAAGGCGAGUCAACACAUGGCUGGUUUUCCGUUGUUUACACCGAGUUCGAUGGCUUUGUUGGGUUCUCCUAAUCCGGUUUUCCGACAGUUCGAACCGGGUUUGGUUAUGUCACCGAACCGGCCCGAUCUGAUUUCCCCUUCGGUUUUCAAGUUCAUCAAAGAAUUCCCAUUUAAUUGACUGUGUAAAUUUAUUGUUCAUUAAUUUGUUCGUGUGUAUAC